AAGUUAAACCAGAGCAGCCCCUUUAUUGCAUUGGUCUCUUUUGACUCACGGUUACUGAGUUUUCUUUGUUCUUUUGUUUGGACUACCGUCAAUAAUUAGCGAAAGAGAAGAAAAGAAAUAAAAAUUUCCAUUAGCUUUCUUCUUUCGAAACUUUGUGAUUUUUGAGAUCCAAAAAGAUUCAUGGAUUGCCUGAGUCCAAUACUGGACAUCGGUACCCGCUUGUGGGACUGCAGUUCCAAGCAUGUGGCAUAUAUCCACGAUCUUGAAGAAAAUCUUCAAAAGUUGCGAACAGAAAUGGAAGUACUCAACUGCCGCAGACAUGAUGUAUGGUGCAGGGUAGAAGCCACAGAGCAACAACCACGGAUGAGGCGUUCGGAAGAAGUGGAUGGAUGGUUGGAAAGUGCGAAAACCAUGGAUAAUGAAGUAAAUGAAAUUAUUCAAGAAGGCGAUCAGGAACUCCAAAAUAAAUGCGUCGGAAGUUGCUGUCCCAAGAACCUAAAGUCCAGCUAUAAGAUUGGAAAGCGAAUCAUUAAGAAGAUAAAUUCUGUGGAGGACCUACUCAAGAAGGGUGAACCUUACUGCUCAGACACGGCGGUUGCUGUGAAGCUGCCACGUAAGCGGCUUCUAAUCCCAGAGUGGCCUGUGGAGAACACUGUUGGCCAGGACUCCAAACUGGAAAGGGUAUGGAGAUGCAUCGAGGAUGAAACUAUUAGAAUUAUUAGAUUUUGUGGAGUCGGAGGUGUUGGAAAAACGACCCUCUUGAAGAAAGUUAGCAAUGAAUUCCAUAGGCGGAGCCAUGACUUUGAUGCUGUAAUUUGGGCCAUGAUGCCGAGACAAGAGAAUUAUAUAGAGAAAGUUCAGGAGGUGAUUAGGAAGAAAUUGGAAAUCCCUGAUUCCAUAUGGGAUCAGUGUUCAGGCGAGGACGAGAAAGGGGCUCAUAUAUUUAGUGUCUUGAAAAGUAAAAAGUUUGUGCUACUGUUGGACAAUGUAUGGGAGCAAUUCAACCUCCUAACUCUGGGCAUCCAUCUGCGGAAUGAUCAAAAUCAGUCCAAAGUAAUAUACACAGCCCGCUCACUAGGGUUGUCCUUCGACGUGGAAGCUCAAGUGACAAUUGAAGUCGAGCGUUUGCCACCGGAACAAGCCCUGAGUUUAUUUAGGACGACUGUAGGUGAAAGUAUCCUCAGUACCCAUCCAGAGCUCUCGGAUUUGGCAAAUACUUUUGUUAGAAGGUGUGGAGGGUUGCCACUUGCUCUUCUCACCGUCGCUGGAGCCAUGGCUAGUCGGAAAAAUCUUCGUGAAUGGCGCCACACGGUUGAGCUGUUAGAUACCCACCCAUCGGAGAUUGCAGGUAUGGGGGGUUAUGUGUUUCCUCUUCUCAAGUUUAGCUACGAUAACUUGAACGAAGCCACAGCUCAAAACUGUUUUCUAUAUUGUUCCAUAUUUCCAGAGGCUUAUAACAUCCCAAUAGAUGAACUUAUUGACCUCUGGAUAGGAGAAGGUUUCUUAGAUGGAGCAGAUCCAUGUGGGCAGGGAGAAUUUAUAGUCGGGACUUUAAGGCUUGCGUAUUUGCUAGAAAGUGAUGAAUCUAAACAAUGUGUUCGGAUGCAUGACGUAGUCCGUCACAUGGCCUUGUGGUUAGCUCGAGAUCAAGGAAAAAACAAGAACAAGGUUUUGGUAGCAAAAAGUGGAAGGAUUACAGACCAGGAACUCACAAAAUGGGAAGAGGCGACUUGGAUUUCCUUGUUUGGUAGUAGUAGCAGAGAGAAAAUAGACUACUCACCAUCUUGCCAUUACCUCUCAACUUUGCUCUUAAGAGAUGCACAGCUGGAAUCAUUUCCUAGUGGAUUCUUUGACUCUAUGCCAGCUUUGAAGGUUUUGGAUUUGUCAGGUAAUCGAGGCUUAGUUGAGUUACCUUCCAAUAUUGGAAAUGCGAAAACCUUGCAGUAUCUCAAUCUGUCAUUAACAAGCAUAGCAAAGUUGCCUACUGGCCUUCGAAAUUUGAGAAACCUCAGAUGUUUGCUAUUAGAUUAUACUGUGAAUCUUAAAUGGAUUCCAAAGGAGUUGAUAUCCAAUUUUUUAUGCUUGCAAGUUUAUAGUAAAAUAAAUGGAGUCACAGAGGACUUUCGCUCAGUGGACGUUCCACCUUCUGCUGAUGAAAUUGCAUUUUUAGAAGUGUUGGAGUGCUUGGGUGACAUAAAUAAAAUAGGUAUCACCUUAUUUUGUGCACCUUCUUUUGAAAAAAUUUUGGAAUCCUGCACUUUACGGAGUUGUAUCAGAAAAUUAACAUUCAAGGAAUGUACCGGCUUGAUUUCACUAUAUUUUACAGAAGAAUUAAGUAAUCUAGAAAGGCUUGAGAUAUUUCAUUGUAGUUCACUCAAGGAGUUCAAGGUAUCGGAAGGGUGUAAACUUGGUAGCCUCAGUAAGGUAUACAUAGGAGUUUGCCCGCUGUUGUUAAACCUCAAUGUCCUUGCUUAUGCUAGAAACCUUGAGAUUCUUACCAUUCUUGACUGUGAGUCGCUGAAGGAAGUUACAAGUGAGACAAUGGCAUUCCCUGGGCUGAAAACUAUUUCUUUGACUCAUCUGAAAAAUCUGAAAAGCAUCUGCCCAUCGCCCAGUUGCUUUCCUUCUCUGUUAGAAAUUGAAGUAUCUAAGUGCCCAUCGCUGAGGCAGCUUCCAUUUGAUGUGGAAAGUGCAGAUUUCUUGCAGAAAAUUAGAGGAGAAACAGAGUGGUGGGAUGGCUUGGUUUGGGAUGAUGAAGCCGUUAAGGAUGCUUGUCUCUUGAAGUUUAUAUCAACUCCAUUCGAACUCUUACAAAUAAAGAAAGAUGAUGCUGUCCCCAAAACCAGUUCGUUCAAGGAUGGAGUUCAUAUUGUCAAUCAGACCAAAGCUGAAACUCCUCCUCACCCUAAGCCAUCCCCUAAGCCAUCCAAAACGGAUAUAGACGAUCAGUUGAAUUUAGAAGACAUAGAGGCUAUUAAAGUUAUCGGACGUGGUUCUGCUGGAGUUGUGCAAUUGGUCCGACACAAAUUGACUGGCCAUUUUUUUGCAUUAAAGACCAUUGUAAUGAAUACUGACGAGGCAGUUCGCCGGCAGAUUGUGAAUGAAUUGAAAGCAAAUCAAUCCUCUCACUGUCCAUAUAUUGUUAAUUGUUAUCAGUCUUUCUAUAAUCAUGGUGUCAUUUCAAUCAUCUUGGAGUAUAUGGAUAGUGGAUCCCUAGCAGAUUUCCUGAAAAAAGUUACAUUCAUUCCUGAACCUUAUCUUGCCGCAAUAUGUAAGCAGGUGCUUAAGGGCUUGAUGUAUCUUCAUCUUGAAGCAAACAUUAUCCACCGAGACAUAAAGCCUUCCAAUUUGUUAAUAAAUCAUAAAGGGGAAGUCAAGAUCACCGACUUCCACAUGAGUGCAGGACUGGAAAGCCCCUCAGAAAGAGCAAACUCUUUUGUUGGCACAUACAACUAUAUGUCUCCAGAGAGAAUUAUGGGAGGCAGUUAUGGCAUUGAAGUUGACAUUUGGAGCUUGGGGCUAGUGUUGCUUGAGUGUGCAACUGGUAAAUUCCCGUAUUCCCCACCAGGGGAGAGAGAAGAAUGGGAUAAUUUGUUUGAGCUUAUGGAAGAAAUUGUUGAUCAACCACCACCUUGUGCGCCUUCAGAUCAAUUUUCUCCUGAGUUUUGCUCAUUUAUUUCUGCAUGCCUCCGGAAAGACCCAAAUGAAAGAAAGUCUGCGCAUGAACUGUUGGUACUGCCUUUCUUAAACCUGUAUGAUGACUUGGAUGUGGACCUCUCAUCCUACUUCAAUUAUGCAGGAUUACCGCUUGGAACCUUUUAGAACUUAUCUGUUCAGACAGAACAAAUAGCAUGUCAGACUAAAGAAGUCGUUGGAGGAACCCAAAGCUUGUUAAAGCGUGGAAGACUUCUUGUUGUCAUUUUGAUUUGUAACUGAAGCGAGGCCAAAGCUUUUGAAGCAUUCAAGGAUUCUUAGAAAAUGUCUUAGUGACAGGGGACUCAGUUUGCAAGGAACAGCUCGCCGCUGUGUGUUAAUUGUUUCAUAAUUGAACAGUAAUGCUGUCUUAUAUCCUCGAGAACAAAAAAAACAAAAGGUGUAUAAACUGGCUGAAAAUGAAAUUGUACUGGAUCGGAGAAUGGAAAGUGUGAAAUUAUUAACUUGUCUAAUUGUAUUGAAUUCUGUUAAGAUAAUUUACCAUGGCUUGACCCCUGAGGUCUGGCAAGUAAAGGGGGAUCUGAUUAGCUAAUUGGCAUUGAUA